AAACAGAAACUUUAAAUUAUGCUGACAGUUAUCGUUUUCGUUUCUAUUGUAGUUUCUAUUCAAGGUUGUCAGGACUCAGGUUGUCCAAAUGGGCAAUCUUGUAAUCCUUAUACAAACCAGUGUGUCGUUGACCCACCACCUCCAGCAAGACCAGCUGCCUGGAUAGGAGACGAACCAGAUUUUUGCAACAGAACCCCAGAUGAUUGUAAGAGAUUUAGAUUGGAAUAUGAUAUUUCUCAUCCAAAAGGAGACGGAGAAUUCUGUGAAAAUGGUACCAAAAUUAGAUGCAUGCUACCAGAUUUCAAGCCACAGCUAAUAAAUACCCCUGAAAAUGAGUUUCGAACGAUAUCUUACAAUAUCUUUGAAAGGAGUUUCCAAAUCACGUGGGAUGGACAAAGGGAGAGAUCUUGCAGAAUUCCACUUUGGGCUCUCACAGAAACUCCAGAUCUUGAUGUCAUUUCUUUUCAAGAGGUUUUUAUGGGUGGAUGCUUCGCCGAAAGUCUGAACAUUCGACAAAUCUUAACAUAUUAUGGCUUUCCAUACUUUACUGAUCUUCUUGACAUUGAUGAUAGACCUUCUAAUGGAGGAAUUUUCAUUGCUUCGAAAUGGCCAAUCGUUGAACAAGAUAUGCAUAUUUAUAAUGCCUCCGAUGAAAAUACUUGGGACUGGUUUGCUGCUAAAGGUGUUAGCUAUGCCAAGAUAAAGAAAGGAAAUACCUUUUAUCAUGUAACCGGAACACAUAUGCAAGCCGGAGGUCCAGAUCAUUAUAGGUUAUCACAAUGUGAAGAAACCAGAGACUUCUUGAAAACAAAGAAUAUCGAUAAGUCAGAAGCUAUUAUCUAUACCGGAGAUUUCAAUAUUGAUUAUUGGAGUUCUUCACAAAUAAUGAAGACGUGUAUUGAGACCAUUGAUGCCGAUGUCCCUCCCCUUUCAGGCUCAUUAAAUUUAACAGGAGAUCCCAGAACAAACGACGUUCAAAAUUUGACAAAUCCUAAUAGUGGGGGAGGUUGGGUUGACUAUGUUUUGCCCAGCUCGGUCAAUAGAAAGCCAACAAAUGCUUCACAAAUAAUACUUCGCGGUAUGGAUGUUGAAAAAUUUGAAGUUUGCUGGUGUGCAGAAUGUAUUCCAUUGGAUCCAGAUUAUAUCUUUCCUAAUGAUGAAGACUGCGAAAGAGUUGAAAGAGUUCGACAUUUAUCAGAUCAUCAUCCAAUCUUGGGAACAUUUAAAUACGAUUGAUAGAAUAAAGUAUUGUAUAGACUUAACUAGUUGAAGAGUACAGUAUAUUGUAAAACUUGCGUAAUAUAAUUUUAAUAAACUUUAUAAAAGUUCGGUUAAUUGCAAUAAAUGAUAAGAAGAAACGAAAUAGCGGGAAAUUCGUAUCCUUUAGUCUCGACUAGGAUUAUUUUCUCUUCAUUUAGAAUCACCUUUAAAAGAUUUUAUAACCUCUCAAUGAUAAAUCUAGUUUUUCC